UUUGCAUUACACAGCAACUCCCAUUGGUUGAUUUUGACUCUAGUAAAAAAACUGAGUCAGUCACUUCAUUCUUCCCGGUCGGCCGGCUUGAGCGGGAGAUCAGCAGAGUAGACGGGAAAGGUUUACUUUAACUAGAAGAUCUAGAUCCCAAACCCUGCAUAUAAUGGCGGAAAAACCAAUGUGGGAACAAAUAGGAGCUGGCUUCGUACAGCACUACUACCAACAAUUUGAUAGCAACAGAGUGCUUUUGGCAGAUCUCUACACGGAGGCCUCCUGUUUAACAUGGGAAGGACAGGGGUUUCAAGGCAAGAAUGCCAUUAUGGAAAAAUUGACUAACCUGCCAUUCCAAAAAAUCCAGCACAGUAUAACAGCACAGGAUCACCAGCCAACCCCAGACAGUUGUGUUAUUAGCAUGGUGGUAGGGCAGCUUAAGGUGGACGAUGAUCCAGUGAUGGGAUUUCACCAACUAUUUCUUUUGAAAAAUAUUGACAACAAAUGGAUUUGCAGUAAUGAUAUGUUUCGAUUGGCCUUGCAUAACUUCGGCUAAACCAGUGGUUCUCAACUCGGGUCCUCCUAACAGUAAAGACUUCUGUUUCAUCCAGGGCUUUAAAACAGCGUUAACACUGGCACCUCUGAGACUAACUAUUUUGUAGAGUGUGGUAAUUAUUAUUUGUCAGUCAGAAUUCAAUACACAUGGGUAUUAUUAGAGCCAGGUUUAAACAGCAGCUUGGAUACAUGAGGACCAGGGUUGGUGAAACAUUGGGCUAAGCUAUUAUUCCCAAUUGUAAAAUUCCUUUUGAUCUAAAAUGACAUUUGGAUUUGGGGUACAUUUUUUUUUUGGGGGGGGGGGGGAGAUGAUAAAUAGAAUAAAGUCACUUGGAAUAAAUGUUGGCACUAUACCUUGUUUUUUGUAAUUUACUGUAAGCAUUCACUCAAAGAUAUGUUGUAGACAUCAGCAAUAUAAAUGGAAAAUGUCACUGUAAA